AUGCUGACAAGGGGGAAGGCUAUCGUAAUCAUUCUUUUAUUUUCUACAAUUCUGUGGAUAUACAAAUUUGAUAAAUAUAAAAAAACAAAUAACCUCGCUAAAUGGAUACUCAUUCCGCUCUAUCUCAUAGCUGCAAUAUCGACCUACGCUAUUGUCUCCAUAUCUAUAAGCUUGUAUAAUUUUAAUAACGUGCCCAAUGGUCAAGAAGAUUUACUAAAUGAGCUAAAGAACAUCAGAAAGGAACUAGAGCAGAGGAAAUUCACGUUUCGUUAA